CCUCACCCAGCGGGGGCGAGGACCGCGGGUCGCACUCCUCGGUCUGGGAGGCUGACCCUGCAGCCUCAGCGUCUCGCCCUGACUCUGAAACUUCUGGGCGAGGAGGAACCUGCCGCCCGCCCGCCCCCUCGCGCACAGGAUUCGCUCUUGAACUCCGCCGCGCCCGGGGUCCACCUUGCGCCGCCCUGAGCGCGGGCGUGGAGCAGCCAGCUGCCGGGAAACCCGAUGAACUCUCCAGAAAGGGCGUGACGGAGGGUCCAGCCGCCACGCUCGGCCCAGGCGCAGGGGUCCCCUUGGAGGAGCGUGGAGCUCGGGGCAGCGGAGCGCCGCAAGUGGUGGAGGAUGACCAAGAGGCCUCAGGGGACCUCCGCGCAGUAAUGCCAACAUGAUGUUUCACUCAAGUAGAAUGUGGAGCUGCCAUUGGAAAUGGAAGCUGUGUCCCCUCUCUCACCUUCUCUUCUUGGCCCUGUGUGUCAUUUGCGGUCCUCACUCAGUGCGAGGAUGUGCCAACUGCAGGGUCGUCCUGUCCAGCCCUUCUGGGACCUUUACUUCUCCGUGCUACCCCAACGACUACCCUAACAGCCAGGCUUGCAUGUGGACCCUGCGAGCCCCCACUGGCUACAUCAUUCAGAUAACGUUUAAUGACUUUGACAUUGAAGAAGCUCCCAAUUGCAUUUAUGACUCAUUAUCCCUUGAUAAUGGAGAGAGCCAGACUAAAUUUUGUGGAGCAACAGCCAAAGGACUAUCAUUUAACUCAAGUGCCAAUGAGAUGCAUGUGUCCUUUUCAAGUGACUUUAGCAUCCAGAAGAAAGGUUUCAAUGCCAGCUACAUCAGAGUUGCUGUGUCCUUAAGGAAUCAAAAAGUCAUUUUACCCCAGUCAGUAGAUGCUUACCAGGUAUCUGUUGCAAAGAGUGUCUCCAUUCCAGCGCUCAGUGCUUUCACGCUGUGCUUCGAAGCAGCCAAAGUUGGCAAUGAAGACAGUGACUGGGUGGCGUUCUCUUACUCAGAUGCAUCCCUCGAACCCUUGCUCACUUUUGGAAAGGCCAAUGGUGACUACUUCCUAAAUAUUUCUGGCUCAAAAUGCUGGCUGAAUAGCGCAUUACCUGUGAAAGAUAAAGAAGACAUUUUCACUGAAAGCUUUGAGCAGCUCUGCAUGGUCUGGAAUAAUUCUUUAGGCUCUGUCGGUGUCCAUUUCAAAAGAAUCUACGAAAUGGUCCCGUGUGAUUCUACCAUUAGUAAAGUCAUUCCUGGGAAUGGGAAAUUGUUGUUGGGCUCCAAUAAAAAUGAAAUCGCCUCCCUAAAAGGGGAUAUUUAUAACUUUCGGCUUUGGAAUUUUACCAUGAACUCGAAGAUCCUCUCCAACCUCAGCUGCAAUGUGAAAGGGAACGUGGUCGACUGGCAGAAUGACUUUUGGAACAUCCCAACCCUUGCUCUGAAAGCUGAAAGCAACCUAAGCUGUGGUUCCUACCUGAUUCCGCUCCCGGCAGCAGAACUAGCCAACUGUGCAGAACUGGGGACCCUCUGUCAAGCUACUGUAAACUCUGCUAGUACUACACCACCCACUGUCACCACUAACAUGCCUGUUACUAAUACAGUCGAUAAUCAAAUGAAUGAUGGAAUUAUAUAUAGAAUAUCCAUAGUGAUUCAAAAUAUCCUUCGUCACCCUGAGGUCAAGGUACAGAGCAAGGUGGCAGAAUGGCUCAAUUCAACCUUCCAGAAUUGGAACUACACCGUUUAUGUGGUUAAUAUCAGUUUUCACCUGAGCACGGGAGAGGACAAGAUUAAAGUCAAAAGAAGCAUUGUGAAUGAUCAAAGAUUGAUGAUUUGGGCCCUUCUAGUUUACAAUGCUACCAAUAAUGCCAACUUAGAAGGAAAAACCAUUCAACAGAAACUUUUAAAAAACAAUGAGUCCCUGAAUGAGGGCCUGAGGCUCUACACGGUGAAUGUGAGGCAACUGGGUAUUUGUGCUGCGGUGGAGGAACCCACAGGCUUUUACUGGCCAGCUAUCCCACCUUCUGAGUACACCCAUCCGUGUCCGGACAAGCCUGGCUUUUCUGUUACACGAAUAUGUUACGGAAAUCCUUCCAACACUUCAUUAGCCGAGUGGGGGCCCCUCGAUUUAUCCAACUGUACAAAGGAAGUAAAUGAAGUUGCUAAUCAGAUUUUAAAUUUAACUGCGGAUGCCCAGAACUUAACCUCAGCCAAUAUCACCAACAUUGUAGAACUGGUCAAAAGAAUUGUGAAUAGUGAAGAAAACAUUGAUUUAACACUCGGCUCGACUCUAAUGAAUAUAUUUUCUAAUAUCUUAAGCAGUUCAGAUAGUGACUUGCUUGAAUCUUCUUCUGAGGCUUUAAAAACAAUUGAUGAAUUGGCCUUUAAGAUAGACCUAAGUAGCACUCCGCAUGUGAAUAUUGCAACUCGGAAUUUGGCUCUUGGAAUAUCGUCCCUGAACCCAGAGACGAAUGCAAUUUCAAAUUUUAGCAUUGGUCUUCCAAGCAAUAAUGAAUCAUAUUUCCAGAUGGAUUUUGAGAGUGAACAAGUGGAUCCACUGGCUUCUGUCAUUUUGCCUCCAAACUUACUUGAAAACUUAAGCCAAGAAGAUUCUGUAUUAGUUAGAAGAGCACAGUUUACUUUCUUCAACAAAACUGGACUUUUCCAGGAUGUGGGACCCCAAAGAAAAACCUUAGUGAGUUAUGUGAUGGCAUGCAGUAUUGGAAACAUUACUAUCCAGGAUCUGAAGGACCCUGUUCAAAUUAAAAUCAAACACACAAGAACUCAGGAAGUGCAUCGUCCCAUCUGUGCCUUCUGGGAUUUGAACAAAAACAAAAGUCUUGGAGGAUGGAACACGUCAGGGUGCAUUGCGCACAACAGUUCAGAUGCAAGCGAGACCAUCUGCCUGUGUAACCACUUCACACACUUCGGAGUCCUGAUGGACCUUCCAAGAAGCGCCUCACAGAUCGACGCAAGAAACACGAAAGUCCUCACGUUCAUCACCUACGUCGGCUGUGGAGUAUCUUCCAUCUUUUCAGCGGCAACCCUGCUGACAUAUGUUGCUUUUGAAAAACUGCGAAGGGAUUAUCCCUCCAAGAUCCUGAUGAACCUGAGCACAGCCCUGCUGUUCCUGAACCUGACCUUCCUCCUGGAUGGCUGGGUCACCUCCUUCGGCAUGAAGGGACUCUGUGUUGCAGUGGCUGCUCUCCUCCACUUCUUCCUUCUGGCAACCUUUACCUGGAUGGGGCUGGAAGCCAUUCACAUGUACAUUGCUUUAGUGAAAGUAUUCAACACUUAUAUUCGCCGGUACAUUCUAAAAUUCUGCAUCAUAGGCUGGGGUUUACCUGCCUUGGUGGUGUCCAUUAUUCUGGCAAGCAAAAAUCAAAAUGAAGUCUAUGGAAAAGAAAGCUACGGGAAAGAGCAAGGUGAUGAAUUCUGUUGGAUUCAGGACCCAGUGGUAUUUUACGUGGCCUGUGCCGGGUAUUUUGGAGUCAUGUUUUUCCUCAACGUCGCCAUGUUCAUUGUGGUGAUGGUGCAGAUCUGUGGGAGGAAUGGCAAGAGAAGCAACCGGACCCUGAGAGAAGAGGUUUUGAGGAACCUGCGCAGCGUGGUCAGCCUGACCUUCCUGCUGGGCAUGACUUGGGGUUUUGCUUUCUUUGCCUGGGGACCCUUAAAUGUAGCUUUCAUGUACCUCUUCUCCAUCUUCAACUCACUGCAAGGAUUAUUUAUUUUUAUCUUCCACUGUGCAAUGAAAGAGAAUGUCCAGAAGCAGUGGAGACGGCAUCUCUGUUGUGGCCGAUUUCGAUUAGCAGAUAAUUCAGAUUGGAGCAAGACAGCUACCAAUAUCAUCAAGAAAAGCUCUGACAAUCUGGGAAAAUCUUUGUCUUCAAGUUCCAUUGGUUCUAACUCAACCUAUCUUACAUCCAAAUCUAAAUCCAGCUCUACCACCUAUUUCAAAAGGAACAGCCACAUGGACAGUGCUUCCAUGGACAAGUCCUUGUCAAAACUGACCCAUGCUGAUGGAGAACAAACAUCAAUCAUCCCUGUCCAUCAGGUCAUUGAUAAGGUCAAGGGUUAUUGCAAUGCUCAUUCAGAUAACUUCUAUAAAAACAUCAUCAUGUCAGACACCUUCAGCCACAGCACAAAAUUUUAAUGUCUUUAAUAUAAGAAAAAGGAAAAUCAGUUUCCAGAAGUGUGAAGAUCUGCAUGCAGUGUAAACCAUGACUAGCAGAUAGAAAUGUGCUAUUACCUAGGUAACUGCAUACAGAUGAGGGGUGUGUUUUGUUAAGAAGGCUUUUGUGAAAUUUACAAUUCAUCGUUUCAGUAUAUUUCUUCCAAGGGGGUCUUUCCAUCAUCACUGGACUUCAGUACUGAGAGCAAUACGACUCAGUAAGCCAGGGAGACAUUAUUUUUUGAAUGUAUGAUUGAAUCAAACUAAUCAGAACUCAGGGGAAGGUACUAAAAUUAGACAACAGGGGAGGGAACAAAGCCAAGGACAAACUCUAGUUUAGACUCAUCUACCAACCUCCUGGUGAGGCGUGGAUGUAGCCAUUUUUAUAUCAUCUUUCUCAACAAUCAGAAGUGUAAUAAUAUUUGUAACAGUUUUGGAUGCCGACAUAUUUCAUCCAGAGCUACUUUCUGUGAAUGCAUCAGCAUUUUUUUUCUUUUUCAAUGAAAUUUCAACCACAAAUAGAAAAAAAAAAAAGCUUAAUAUUUAACCCUAAGAGUAAAAGGGAUUUUUUU